AAGGCUUCAGUGGCUAGCACCCCACAGGUGAGCGUAGAGAGUGAAGACUCUGAGGCUGAAGCCAAAUCUACCCAUUCUUCUCAGGAAGACUCAGGGUCAGAUACAGAGACUAGGGAUAGAGUAUCCUCUAAGGGCUCAAGGUUUAAACUGUCUUUAGAAGAUGUGGAUAACUUGUUAAAAGCCAUCUAUACUACCCUUGAAAUGGAGGAGGAGGAGGUACAAAUGUCCAAACAUGACCUUAUGUACAAAGGGUUGCACAAAAAGAGAAGUAAAAAUUUUCCAGUGCACGAUUCCCUCCUUGAUACGAUCAAACUGGAGUGGGAGAAUCCAGAGAGAAAACCUUUCUUUUCUGGUAACCUAAAAAGACGGUUUCCAUUUGAUGAGGACGCAGCGCUACCGUGGAACAAAAACCCUAAGUUAGAUGCUCCUCUUUCAAAGGUUUCAAAAAAUUCGGACCUGGCGUUUGAUGACAUGGGUACGCUUAAGGAUCCUAUGGACAAAAAAUGUGACGUCCUUCUUCAUAGAGCUUGGGAUUCAACUAUGGGGAAUCUCAAACCAGCUUUAGCUUCCACUUGUGUAGCCAGGAAUUUGGAGGAAUGGCUUACACAAAUCCAAACCCAUCUUUUGGCAGGUACUUCUAGGGAAGAGAUUUUAAAAUCCUUUCCUCUCUUGUUUAGUGCUGUGGGGUUUUUGGCUGAUUCUUCGGCAGAAUCCGUAAGGAUGACAGCCAGGACUUCAGCUUUGGUGAACUCAGCCAGAAGAAGUGUUUGGCUUAAAACAUGGUCUGGGGAUGCAGCAUCUAAAUUAAGAUUAUGUGCGCUGCCGCUGACAGGGGAGCAUCUUUUUGGCCCAGGUCUACAGGAAGCUCUGGAACGUACGGCCGAUAGGAAAAAGGCCUUUCCAGAAAAGAAAAAACAGACUGGAAGAAAAUUUUUUCGUGGCCAAAACAAAGGCCUGCCAUGGCAACAGGGUCCUAAAGAAAAGGACAAUAGGCCCAAGAAACAUUGGACCGGAUACAAAGGCAAAGGUAGAGGAGGUGUUUUAUUUAACACACCUCAGCAACCCGCCAAACCACAAUGACCAGCUUCUGCCAGUGGGGGGAAGAUUGAAGGCCUUUCUCCCACAAUGGGCAGCUGUCACCUCAAGUCCCUUCAUCCUGGAUCUGGUGGCAAAUGGGUACAGACUAGAGUUUUCCUGCCAGCCACCAGAACGUCUUUUGAUCACCUCUCCUCCCAAAGAUCGGGAGAAAGCAAGAGCUCUGGGUCUCCAAGUAGGAGAAUUGUUAGACCAAAAAGUCCUGAUUCCUGUUCCCCGGUCAGAUCAGAACAAAGGGUUUUAUUCCCACAUUUUUGUCAUCAGAAAGCCGUCAGGGAAGUAUCGGCUCAUUCUGAACCUUCGAUCUCUAAAUCGAUCGAUCAGGUACAAGCACUUCAGGAUGGAGACAGUGUUCUCUAUCAAGAAUCUGCUUUACCCAAACUGUUUUAUGGCCACAUUGGAUCUAAGGGAUGCUUACCUACAUGUCCCGAUCCACCCAGCUUUCCAGAAAUUCCUGAGAAUAGCGGUAAAAAUGGGAACGGAAAUCAGGCACUUUCAAUUUCAGGCCCUCCCCUUCGGUCUGUCCUCAUCCCCUCGUAUCUUCACAAAGGUAUUGGGGGAGGCGCUGGCUCCACUAAGGUUAAAGGCGAUAACUAUCAUCCCUUACCUGGACGACCUAUUAAUAGUGGCAGAAUCUCACCAAAAAUUACUAGCAGAUCUCCAGACUGUGCUAGACUUUCUUCAGUCCCUGGGCUGGCUGAUAAACAGGGAAAAAUCUUCCCUAGUUCCAGCCCAGAGGGUGAAGUACCUGGGUUACGACUUUUGCUCAGUAGUCCAAAAAGUUUUUCUCCCAGAAGAAAAGGUCUCCAAGAUGGUGCAAGCAGUGUCAACCUUACAGACCAAUCAGUUGGUCUCGCUGAGGGAAAUUUCAAGGACGGUAGGUCUCAUGACCUCGUGUUUCCCUGCGGUACCAUGGGCAAGGUUCCAUCAGAGACCAUUGCAGAGAUUCCUUCUGGAAAAUUGGGAUGGGGACGCCAGGUCCCUAGAGUCAAAAGUUUGGUUACCUACCAAGGUAAAGAGAAGUUUGUGGUGGUGGAGAAAGAAUCUGCACCUAACAAAAGGCCUGCCAUGGUCCAUCUCGAUAUCCAAGAGGAUCACGACAGAUGCAAGCGCCUGGGGAUGGGGAGCCCACCUCAAAGAUCAGGUCGCACAGGGAAAAUGGUCCUUGAAGGAAGCAAGAGCUUCAUCGAACCAGAGGGAACUCCUAGCGGUUCACAGAGCCCUGCAAGCCUUUCAAUCGGAGAUCAGGGGUCACAAUCUCCAGAUUCUGUCAGACAACAUUGCGACAGUGGCGUACCUCAACAAACAAGGAGGCACGAGGAGUCGAAUUCUUCAAGGAAUAGCACAAGAAAUGUUGUCCUGGGCAGAAGUAAAUCUAGGCUCAAUUUCAGCAGUGCACCUGAAGGGGACACAAAACAGUCUGGCAGACUACCUCAGUCGCCACAGGGUGGAGCGAGACAAUUGGUCACUUCAUCCAGAAGUCUUUGCGGAGGUCACCAACAAAUGGGGUUAUCCCGAAGCAGAUUUGUUCGCGAAUCAGGAAAACAGCAAGACAGAGGAGUUCUUUUCUCUAAACCCAGGGGAUCGAUCUCUGGGGAUAGAUGCCCUAGCAAAUCCAUGGCCCUUCGACCUUUGCUAUGCCUUUCCGCCGAUCAGACUCAUUCCGGAAGUACUCCGGAAGUUUCUCCUAGAAGAGACAGACCUUAUUUUGAUCGCCCCCUUCUGGCCCAAGAGGCCAUGGUUUUCCCUGCUACAGUCUCUGGUCUCGGAGCCUCCACUGAGACUUCAGAACAGAGAGGACUUGCUGUCGCAGGGUCCAGUGUCACACCCACAGGUGGUUUCAUUAAGCUUAACAGCUUGGUAUCUGAAGAGAAGAUACUGAAGGCUCAGGGGUUUUCGGACAAGGUGAUUAAAACCUUGGUAAAUUGCAGAAAACCAGUCACUAGAGCCAUUUAUUCCAAAGUUUGGAAAAAGUUUAAUUCAUGGUUGUCUGAAAACCAAAGAUCAACGCAUGAUGUUCCUUCUAUUUUGGAAUUUUUUCAAGAGGGUGUCGACAAGGGUCUUUCAGUUAGUACCUUGAAGGUACAGGCGGCAGCUAUCAGCGUUUUCCUCCAGUUUUCUCUUUUGGAAAAUCCCACGGUAGCUAGAUUCUUUAAAUCCAUUUCAAGGGCCAGGCCGGUAGUGGUAAGAAGUUGUCCAACUUGGGACCUGUCCCUGGUACUUCAAACUCUGGUAGAGUUUCCUUUUGAACCUUUAGAGGAUAUUUCUGUUAAGCUACUUACCUUAAAAACAAUUUUUUUAGUAGCUAUUACCUCAGCUCGUAGAGUAAGCGAGUUACAGGCCUUAUCAGUGAGGGAGCCUUUCCUCACGAUUCUAGAGGAUCGAGUUAUAUUAAAAACUGAUCCAGGAUUUUUGCCUAAGGUAGCUAGUACAUUUCACAGAUCACAGGACAUUGUACUGCCAUCCUUUUGUAGUUCACCACAGGGUGAUCAGGAAAAGAAAUUUAGUUUUUUGGAUGUAAGAAGAACCCUUCUUGCAUAUUUAGAGGUCACCAAGACCUUCAGGAAGACAGACGCUUUAUUUGUACUAUUUUCAGGUACACACAAAGGUAAAGGUGCAUCUAAAGCCACAUUGGCUAGAUGGAUCAAGCAGGCAAUCGCAGAAUCCUAUAAAAUCAGAGAAGUUCCCACACCUUUUGUUACAGCGCAUUCAACAAGGGCUUUGGCUGCGUCUUGGGCUGAGAGGGCUGGUGCUUCACCGGAACAAAUCUGUAAAGCUGCCACAUGGUCCAGUUACUCGACCUUUAUUAAGCAUUAUCGCCUGGAUCUGCUAUCAGCUCAAGAUCAGGCGUUUGGUCGAAAGGUCCUUCAGGCAGUUGUCCCACCCUAGACUGGGUAGUCCUACGGUUCUCGAGAAGACUGGCAUGGGGCCUGGAGGACCGCCCUUUUAUCUGGUGGGGGUUAACGUGUUUCCUGUCCUGGUAGGAGGAGCCCUAGGUC